AUGGCAGGAAAUAGCCUUGUUCUACCCAUCGUCCUGUGGGGCCGCAAAGCUCCCACGCACUGCAUAUCAACGUUACUGUUAAUGGAUGACGUGUCGAUGAUUGUCACAGGAUGUCAUGACGGACAAAUAUGUCUCUGGGACCUCUCCUUAGAUUUAGAGAUUAAUCCUAGAGCUCUGUUGUUUGGUCAUACAGCCUCAAUUACUUGUUUAUCAAAGGCUUCUGCUUCCAGUGAAAAGCAGUAUAUAGUGAGUGCAUCAGAAAGUGGGGAGAUGUGUCUAUGGGAUGUGAAUGAUGGGAGAUGCAUAGAGUUCACUAAAUUAGCCUGUGCACAUACUGGCAUACAGUUCUACCAAUUCACUGUUGGGACUCAGCGUGAGGGGAGACUGUUAUGCCAUGGACAUUAUCCAGAAAUUCUUGUUGUGGACGCUACCAGCCUUGAAGUUCUUUAUUCUUUAUUAUCAAAGAUAUCUCCUGACUGGAUCAGCUCCAUGAGUAUCAUUCGAUCCAAUAGAACACAAGAGGAUACUGUUGUAGCUGUUUCAGUGACUGGCAUUCUGAAAGUGUGGAUAAUAACCUCUGAAGUCAGUCACAUGCAGGAUACUACGCCAAUAUUUGAAGAGGAGUCUAAACCUAUUUAUUGUCAAAACUGUCAAAGCAUUUCUUUUUGUGCGUUUACCCAGCGGUCAUUGUUGGUAGUGUGCUCCAAAUACUGGAGGGUUUUUGAUGCUGGAGAUUAUUCCCUCUUAUGUUCAGUCCCUAGUGAGAAUGAGCAGACGUGGACUGGUGGUGACUUUGUGUCAGCUGAUAAAGUGAUUGUAUGGACAGAAGAUGGACAAAGUUUUAUAUACAAAUUACCAGCCAGUUGUCUACCAGCUAGCGAUUCAUUUCGUAGUGAUGUGGGAAAAGCAGUAGAAAAUUUAAUUCCGCCUUUGCUGUACAGUGUAUUGGACAGAGCAGUUAAACAGUUACUAAUAUGUCCCCCAGUUACUCGAUUCUUCUAUGGACGUAGAGAGUUUUUCAAUAAACUCUUAAUCCAAGGAGACUCUUCAGGGAGACUGUAUAUUUGGAGUGUGCCUGAUACAUUUGAACAACAGGACAGUGCAGAAGGACUACAAGCAACAACUUCAAUAUCCCUACAGGAAGCUUUUAAUAAACUUAGUCCUCACCCUGCUGGAAUUAUAGACCAAUUAAGCUUAAUACCAAACAUCAAUGAACCACUUAAAGUGACAGCCAGUGUGUAUAUCCCAGCGCAUGGGCGUCUGGUUUGUGGUCGUGAAGAUGGGAGCAUUGUUAUUGUACCAGCAACACAGACUGCCAUAGUUCAGCUUCUGCAAGGAGAGCAUAUGCUUAGGAGAGGUUGGCCACCUCACCGGACUCUCCGAGGUCAUCGAAACAAAAUUACCUGUUUACUGUAUCCUCAUCAGGUUUCUUCUCGUUAUGAUCAAAGGUAUUUGAUCUCAGGUGGUGUGGAUUUCUCGGUCAUCAUAUGGGAUAUAUUUUCUGGAGAGAUGAAACAUAUCUUCUGUGUACAUGGUGGAGAAAUUACACAGCUUCUAGUUCCACCAGAAAACUGUAGUGCAAGAGUCCAGCACUGUGUUUGCUCUGUUGCCAGUGAUCACUCAGUAGGUCUUCUGAGUUUGCGGGAGAAGAAAUGUAUCAUGCUGGCAUCCCGUCACCUUUUUCCUAUCCAAGUAAUAAAAUGGAGGCCUUCAGAUGACUACCUGGUGGUGGGGUGCUCAGAUGGAUCUGUAUAUGUCUGGCAAAUGGAUACUGGUGCGCUGGACAGGUGUGUGAUGGGAAUAACUGCAGUUGAAAUCUUGAAUGCUUGUGAUGAGGCCGUUCCAGCUGCUGUAGACUCCCUUAGUCAUCCGGCUGUCAACCUGAAGCAGGCCAUGACUAGACGUAGUCUGGCUGCUCUGAAAAAUGUGGCGCAUCAGAAACUACAGACUCUUGCCACUAACCUUUUAGCUUCAGAAGCAUCUGACAAAGGGAAUUUACCUAAAUAUUCACAUAACUCUCUGAUGGUUCAAGCUAUAAAGACCAACUUAACGGAUCCGGAUAUACAUGUGCUCUUCUUUGAUGUAGAAGCACUGAUUAUACAGCUACUGACGGAAGAAGCCUCUAGGCCUAAUACAGCACUUAUUUCCCCAGAGAAUUUACAGAAAGCAUCUGGCAGUUCUGACAAAGGGGGCUCCUUCCUGGCUGGUAAACGAGCAGCAGUUCUCUUCCAGCAGGUCAAGGAAACCAUCAAAGAGAAUAUAAAAGAACAUCUUCUUGAUGAUGAAGAUGAGGAUGAGGAAUCAAUAAGACAGAGAAGAGAAGACAGUGACCCAGAAUAUCGCUCUAGCAAAUCUAAACCAUUAACCUUGUUAGAAUAUAAUCUAACCAUGGAUACCGCAAAGCUUUUUAUGUCCUGUCUUCAUGCCUGGGGCUUGAAUUCUGUUCUAGAUGAGCUUUGCCUUGAUCGUCUUGGGAUGCUUAAGCCACACUGUUCCGUGUCCUUUGGCCUGCUGUCUAGAGGUGGCCACAUGUCUCUCAUGCUUCCUGGUUAUAAUCAGUCUAUAGGUAAACAGUCAUAUGACAGUGUGGAAUUAGGAAGAAAAAUGUCUGUUUCUGAAGGACUAGGAAAGGGGACAUACGGUGUAUCACGUGCUGUCACCACUCAGCAUCUCCUGUCUAUUAUUUCACUGGCAAACACAUUGAUGAGUAUGACUAACGCAACUUUUAUUGGAGACCACAUGAAAAAAGGUCCAACCAGGCCUCCUAGGCCAGGAACUCCUGAGAUGUCAAAAAUGAAGGCACCCCCUUCAAUUUCAAGUCAUGCAGCUCAAGGACAAAUUAAGCAAGUUGCUCCUGCUGUUUCUUCUAGCACUGAAGCUGGUCACUCUGGCUCUGACACUGCUCCUACUUUACAUACCUGUUUCUUAGUAAAUGAAGGGUGGAGCCAGCUCGCUGCUAUGCACUGUGUUAUGCUCCCUGACCUAUUAGGACUGGAUAAAUUCAGACCUCCUCUUCUGGAGAUGCUAGCUCGCAGGUGGCAGGAUCGAUGCUUGGAGGUAAGAGAAGCUGCCCAGGCCUUGCUGUUAGCAGAACUGAGAAGAAUUGAACAGGCGGGUCGGAAAGAAACGAUUGAUGCAUGGGCUCCAUAUUUACCACAAUAUAUCGACAGUGUUAUAUCACCUGGAGUGACAACAGAAGCCAUUCAAACGGGUAGUGCAAGCCCAGAUUCGUUGGGAACAGAAGCGAAAGUUCAGGAAGAAGAGCAUGAUCUAGUUGAUGAUGACAUCACAGCAGGUUGUCUAUCUGGUCUCCCACAAAUGAAAAAAAUAUCCACGUCGUACGAAGAGAGAAGGAAGCAAGCUACCGCCAUUGUUUUGCUUGGAGUGAUUGGAGCAGAAUUUGGAGCUGAAAUUGAACCUCCAAAACUUUUGACUCGGCCACGCAGUUCUAGUCAGAUUCCCGAGGGAUUUGGUUUAACUAGCGGUGGAUCAAAUUAUUCCUUGGCAAGGCAUACGUGCAAGGCGCUGACGUUCCUCCUGCUGCAGCCGCCCAGCCCCAAGCUGCCCGCGCACAGCACCAUCCGCCGCACCGCCAUCGACCUCAUCGGCCGCGGCUUCACCGUCUGGGAGCCCUACAUGGACGUCUCCGCCGUGCUCAUGGGGCUGCUGGAGCUCUGCGCCGACGCCGAGAAGCAGCUCGCCAACAUCACAACGGGGCUGCCGCUGAGCCCCGCGGCCGACUCGGCCCGCUCGGCACGCCACGCGCUCUCGCUCAUCGCCACGGCCAGGCCGCCCGCCUUCAUCACCACCAUCGCCAAGGAGGUGCACAGGCACACGGCCCUGGCCGCCAACACGCAGUCCCAGCAGAAUAUUCACACCACCACCCUCGCCCGGGCUAAAGGAGAGAUCUUGAGAGUCAUUGAAAUACUGAUUGAGAAGAUGCCUACUGAUGUGGUGGACCUCCUUGUGGAGGUUAUGGACAUCAUCAUGUAUUGCCUUGAAGGAUCUUUAGUUAAGAAAAAAGGUCUUCAGGAAUGCUUUCCAGCCAUCUGCAGGUUCUACAUGGUCAGCUAUUAUGAGCGGAGUCACAGAAUAGCGGUUGGAGCUCGCCAUGGUUCAGUGGCCCUCUACGACAUCCGGACUGGGAAAUGUCAGACUAUCCAUGGCCAUAAAGGACCCAUAACUGCUGUAUCUUUUGCUCCUGAUGGCCGGUACCUUGCCACAUACUCCAAUUCGGACAGUCAUCUCUCCUUCUGGCAGAUGAACACCUCGCUGCUGGGCAGCAUCGGCAUGCUGAACUCGGCGCCCCAGCUCCGCUGCAUCAAGACCUACCAGGUGCCGCCGGUGCAGCCCGCUUCCCCGGGCUCCCACAACGCGCUCAAGCUGGCCCGCCUGAUCUGGACGUCCAACCGCAACGUCAUCCUCAUGGCCCACGACGGCAAGGAGCAUCGCUUUAUGGUCUAGAGUCAGUCCGCCUGUGUUAGCACUGCGUUUCUGUUUUGCAGUUCCUUGCAGUUCUCCCUUUUUCUUCCCAUGUGUCCUUCGAACACCAGUGCCCCCCGAGCCCACGGAGGCACCGGCCAGGCCACGCGUUUCCGCCCGCUCUCCAGGGCAGAGCCCUGCCCGUGCCAGCUGCCCGUGCAGGGCUCGCGCCAGCCAGGCAGCAGGCGGACAUUGCCGCCGGGUGGGGGUCCGGCAGCUGGGAGGAGGGGGCGGAGGGCUUUGGGGAACGGGCCUGGGGCCAGGUGCACGGAGACUGAGAAACGGGUGGCCCGGAGGUGGCCCUCCGUGGCAAGACCGGCGCUCGCGGGAAUCAGAACCCAGGCCGGGAAGCUGGGCUGGAUCCGCUCCCUUCUCAUUGCAUGUUGAGUUAGCAGCAGCAGCCCUAAUUACCAAUAGUGUUUGUUUGUCUGGAGAUUCCUAGAGAGUCUCCCUGUUUACCAAAAGGCUCCAUGUUUACAUGUACUUUCUUCUAGAGACCAUUGGUGAUCACUGGCUGGUAGAGUUGACCAGUGAGGUUUCCUGCUGAGGGCCCAAGUGCCUCGGGAGUCGGGAGGAAUCGAGCUUUCGGGCACGGGUGCUCGUUAUUCCUGCCGGAAGAGGCCUGUUUCCUCCUCGAAAGCUUAAGCUCUUAAGUGAGUGGGAAGUGCUGAUGUCCUCAGUCACUGUUUGGUCUAAUCUGGAAGAAAGAAUAGUAAUCCACAUGUAAAUAAAAAAAAAUCUCUUGAAGACGGAAUAGCAAACUUGAAAAAAGGCAUAUUUAUAUAUAAAGGUGUUUUUUUGCUACGAAUGCAGGUAUUUAUUAAAAAAAAAAAAAAAAGACCUUUUUCUUCCAUACGUCGUUCCCAUUUGUGCUGGAUCUUGCAGGGAAAUGAGCAUCUGCCUGUAUGCCGUGGCGUGUUGCUGUGUACGGCGUGCAGAGUCAGGCACUCGCGGUUCGGCUUCGCGGAAGGAUGAAGGGGUGCGAGCGCAAACCCUCAAGGGAGACGGGACCAGUGUCGUUGGUAUUUAGCAAUUCUGACAAGAAAAAUUAUGAAAAAAUAUGUAAAAGGUAGGUCAUUUGAACGGAUAUAUUGAAAGAUUUCUUAAGUAGGAAUAUUCCUAUGUGAUAUUUGCUGUAACUGUUUCCCUCUUCUUGCAUAUCUAAGUUUGUGAAAUAUUUAAUAGUGUGAAAAUGUUUAUGCUCACAGUAAAAAAACAAAAAAUCCAUAAAAUACUUUUAUUUAAACAUAUUGAUGUAUAUGCUUGUAUAGCUUUUUCUUUGCCAUUUUUGUCUGAAAUGCUCACAGAAGGUGGCUGUCUUUACAUGAUAAAGUAAAAAUGGUACUUGCAGAAUCCUCCCUCCCCCAAAAAAUAAUAAAUGAAUUUCUAAAAUGGCUUCUAAAUAUAAAAAGCAUUGAUUUUUUUAUUUUUAAGGUGGUCUGUGUAGUACACUAUACAUGAAAGUGAGAUUUAUAGUCCAGAAGCUGCAUAUCUGUUUACUGUUUAAAAAAUAGCAAAAGGUAAGAAAUUAAGACCAUUAGGAAUGUUUAACACAAACGGCCAUAAAUUUUACUCUUUUUUUUUUUAACUCUGGUCAGAAUGUAGUGUAUAGUGGAAAAAUGUGUAGUAGACUGUCAGGGGGGGUUUUAAGUGAAAUAACACAACAUGCAUGUACACUGUGUUUAUAAAGGUAAAUGUGUAACCUCCAAGGGUUUUUUAAAAAAAAGAAGAAGAAGAAGAAGAAAGAAAAGCCGACAGACCCUCCAUCUGUAGGGUGAAAUCCUAUACUCCUGUGUCUAAGGUCCCGGCACACGAGGCAAGCUGAGAGGUGCACUUCAAACGUGCUCCCACAGGUAUUCCAGCAUCCUGUCGCUUCUGUUACGCUGUGUUUCCCGGUAUAUAUACGGGUAUUUAUGUGUGCGCGUGUUUACAUCCAGAAACAAAGUGCAGCCCCGGUGGGGGUGUGUGACCAUACCUCUCAAAUGGUUUCUUGGUGGGACAGAGAAAGAACAUUUUGAAUUAUAUAUGCCUAAAAAUGUUUGUUUUAAGCAAGCAGUAGAGUGCAUUUUUCAGUCGCAAAGGAGAGGUGGCAGUUACCUUCCGUCCUGAGACUUCGUUAAACGCCGCAAAGCUAAAGCAUUGAUGCUGAAAGCUGUCGUAGGUGUCCUUGUAGGGGACAAAGGUCCCUCAAAGCUUCUCGUACCGCUCUCGCUUAGGAGCGGUGAGGCGUUCAGCCCAGCGCGCUUCGAGAGCAGCCGGGCCGGUGCGGGCCCGCGCGGCGGCACGGCUCUGCGCCGAGGCGACGGCAAAUGCUCCGUGGAAUUUGUGCGUUAGGCACAAAUCACCCGCGUGGGUGACUGCUGACCCCCGUGCUCAGCUCCUCCGCAGCCUGGAGCUCUCAGCACUGCAGCGAGAUGAGUAUUGUCACUCCAGUGUAAGCUUUUAGUGUUUUAUUGAUUUGUUAGUACUGUAUUUGGAGUUGUCCUUGUAAAUGUAGAGACGCAUAUGGCUUCAUUGGCAGUUUACAAGCCAAAGCUGACAUGAUGAGACACCUGUAUGAAAAUGCUGUCCUGAUUGAAGCCCCUGUGUAUGGCAAGUGGUUGCAAUGUCUGCCGCUCGAGCAGCCUCCGGGCGAGCCCGCUCCCAGCCCGCUGUACGUGGUCAACACCCUGCUGUAAAUAUGCGUGUGAAAUAAAACUGGACUGUA